AUGAACGAAAUUCAACUCAGGAUUGAUCGGCAACAACAAUACGAAAAAAAGCAACGAGAACAGGAGGAACAAAAACAUGGAAAGAAACGAAAUAGAGAUUUUCAAAAGAAAGAUGAUACAAAUUUACCUCCGGGAUAUACCUAUAACUAUGGAAAUGUUGAUAGAUCCCGUACAUCAAAGGUGAAGGAUAAACGGAGUGCUCCUUUGCAGAUUACGGCUGAACAAAUCAUCAGAGAGGCCUAUGAAAGAUCUGAAAAGGAUAUUGUUGCUCCGAAGCUAGACAUCAAGGAUAUGGAGGAAUUGGAGGAGUAUCGACUUCGGAUGAGAAAACAAUAUGAAGACAACAUUAGGAAGAAUAGAUAUAGAAUUAUUAAUUAUAUUAGAUAUGCUCAAUGGGAAGAAAAACAAAACCAACUUGAGAGAGCACGAUCAGUUUUUGAAAGAGCACUUGAUGUAAAUUAUCGGGAGAUUAGUCUGUGGUUAAGAUAUGCAGAAAUGGAAAUGAGAAACAAAUUUAUUAAUCAUGCAAGAAACGUUUGGGAUAGAGCAGUCAGCUUGCUACCUCGUAUCGAUCAGCUAUGGUACAAGUACAUUCACAUGGAAGAAAUGCUAAAAAAUGUCAAUGCAGCAAGGCAGUUGUUUGACAGAUGGAUGGAGUGGCAGCCAGACGAAAAAGGGUGGAAGUCUUAUGUGAGCUUUGAACUUAGAUAUGGUGAAAUCGAAAGAGCAAGAAUAGUGUGUGAAAAAUUUAUAAGAGUGCAUCCCCAAAUCAAGACAUGGCUUUAUUAUGCCAAAUUCGAGCAAAAGUAUGGCCAAGAAGAAGGAAAAGAUAGAGCAAGAUUAAUUUUUGAAAGAGCAACCACGUUAUUUGAUCUUGAUGUGUUAUUGAAAGCACAAAAUUUCACUCGACAAAAUUUGGACGAGGUAGUCGGUCUCUAUAUUGCUUUUGCCGAAUUUGAGGUUACCAACAAUGAAAUUGAAAGAGCUAAUGCAAUUUACAAAUAUUUACUUGACCGUGUGCCAAAAGACUAUGCUGAAGGCCUCUAUCAGAAAUUUAUUUCCUUCCAAAAGCAAUUUGGAGACGCUAACAGCAUUGAAAACGUCAUUUAUAACAAGAAGCGAUUCGAAUUUGAAAAUGAGCUCAAAGAAAAUCCAAACAAUUAUGAUGUUUGGAUUCAGUAUUUACAAAUGACAAUGGAACACAACGGAUCUGACAAUCUUGAUGAGACAAGAGAUUUAUUCGAGAGGGCCAUUGCAAAUGUUCCACCACUCAAGGAAAAACGUUUCUGGAAACGAUAUAUUUACAUUUGGAUUAAUUACGCAUUAUUCGAAGAAUUGACUGCAAAGAAUAUUACUAGAACGAGACAAGUCUAUCAAGGAUGUUUAGAGCUACUAAGAAGCGAAGAAUACUCUGCUCCCAAUAUUAACUUCUCUAAAAUUUGGAUCAUGUUUGCUCAUUUCGAAAUUAGACAACGAAAUAUUGAUGAUGCCAGAAAAAUUCUCAAUGCAGCUGUAUUGUGCCUUCCAAAAGAUAAGAUCUUCAAAGAAUACAUCAAAGUUGAAUUAUCGUUAGGAAAUAUUGACACUGUGAGACAGCUGUUCCAAAAGCAACUUGAGGUGUCGCCUUCGAGCUGUGAGUCAUGGAAGAAUUAUGCAGAAUUAGAACAAAAGGUUAAGGAAUUUGAAAGAGCUAGAAGAAUUUAUGAGUUGGCAGUGAGCCAACCCAAUCUAGAUAUGCCAGAACUCAUUUGGAAGUGUUAUAUAGAUUUUGAAAUUGAACAAAAAGAAUAUGACAAAGCUAGAGCUCUAUUCAAGAGACUUCUCGACAAGACUAAACAUGUUAAAGUUUGGAUAAGCUAUGCACUAUUUGAAAAAAGUCUAGGAAUAGAUAACAUUGAACGAACACGCCAAGUUUAUGAAGAUGCUUACACGUACUUUAAAAAGGGUUCCAUAGAAGAAGGAGGUCAACAACAAACUGCAGAUGAGGAGGCCCAAAUUGCCAAAAGAGAACAACGAUAUCAAUUAUUACUGUCAUGGAUUGCAUUUGAGGAAUCUCUCGAAAAUAAUCAAGAAAGGAUUGACAAAUUAAAACAAAAGAAACCAACAAAGAUUCGACGAAAGAAGAAAGUUCUCAAUCAAGAAGGAGAGGCCUCAGGAUGGACCGAAUACGUUGACUAUGUCUUUAAAGAUGACGAGGCAGAAGGAACAACCAAUAAGGCCAAUUUGAAGAUUCUCGAAAAGGCUCUCCUCUGGAAGAAAAUGCAACAACAAAAACAAAAGACCCAACAAUAA